AACAGUGCGAGCAACUUAUGAUGCUUUUUUUUUUUCUUUUUUUUUUCUUUCUUUCAUUUUUAAUUGUGGGAUAAACUUAUGGUGAUCGCCGAGCGCGCACUGCGGUCCCUGCCUCAGGGCACCAUGGGCUCGUAAGAUGCCUUCUCUGUGGAAGCGGAUAACAUUCUCGGUGGCCUCGGCGCUCUGUAUCGGCUCGGUGGUCCUCUUGGUGGUGGCUUUAUCCACGGAGCGGUGGGUUACCGGGCGGAUCAUGUGUAAAACCGGGGUGGAGAUAGUGAAUGCGUCAAAUCCCGAGCUGGACCAGUUCAUCGGGAGCAUUUAUUACGGAUUGUUCCAGGGAGGAAAGACCAAGAGGUGCGGGCUCGGGGACAGGCGCUCCAAAAUUAACAUUUUCCCAAAGCUUGUGCAGACACUGAAUGGGGGCCUCCACAUGAUGGUGAUCCUGUUCCUGCUGGUGGCUGUGGGUUUUGCGCUGGUCAGUCUGUCUUUCUGCAUUUACAACGCACGCAAGGUUCCAUACCAGAGCAUCAAAGGGCACAAGGGACUCUAUCUGUGGAACUUCAUCGCUGCUCUGUUUGGUGCCCUGGGUAUUCUGUGCUUCCUGGCAGCUGUCAGACACCACAGUCUGACUGAGCGAGUGGCAAACUUUCGGGAGAACCUCUUCGUCCUCCUCGUCUUGGAUGACAGUCUGGACUGGUCUUUCUGGCUUGGCGUAGGCAGCAUUGCAACUCACUUUGCUGUCUGUGGAGUGGUCGCGAUGAGUCGGAUCAAGCUGCCCAAACCGGAGAUCAAAAAACCUGAAGAGCCGACUGUCUCUGCUGUGGACCUGCUGUACUGAAGAAUAUUUUUCUUUAGCAUUUUCAUCACUAGUGAUGGACAAGCGCCAAAUGUGAAAACAACACAGUGCCAGGGCCCUGUUCCUUUGAAGCUGUAACUGAGUUUUAGGUUAAUUACAGCCAGAAUUACAGAGUCAUAACAACAUAAAUUAACAAGUUGGGACUAAAGUGGCGCCUAACUCACAUACAAAGCCCAGGCAAAUUCGUCCUUACCUUGAUGAUCAUGCAGCUGUUUGAAAUGACUAAUGUAUUAGUAUAAAUCUGCCUUUGAUGCAUAUGGAUUUAUACAUUGUUAUGUUUGAUUUUUCAGAGUAAAAGUCAAGCUUAAAUGUAAACAUGCCAAAUCUCAUACUUUGAAUGAGUGCUGCAGUGUGCAGCACAGAUCCUAAAGUCAGUAUGAAAAUAGAUUUUUUUUUCUUUUAAGUAGU